GAUUCAUGGUAGCAUACUGCUGCUUUUUUAUAAUUUUUAUCAAUUUUGCUUCAUUUAAACCGCGAAGAAAAUGGUUUUCUACUUUGAAAGCACUGUGGUUUCACCACCUGUGACUUUAUUCAUGGGUUUAGACAAAUACGAAAAUGAAGAUUUAAUCAAAUGGGGCUUCCCAGAAGAUGUGUGGUUCCAUGUGGACAAGCUCUCUUCAGCACACGUUUAUUUAAGACUACAACCAGGACAAAUGAUUGAUGACAUUCCCACAGCUGUUCUGGAAGAUGCUGCCCAACUUGUGAAAGCAAAUAGUAUUACAGGCAACAAAAUGAAUGACUUGGAAGUGGUCUACACAAUGUGGGCCAAUCUAAAGAAAACCCCAGGCAUGGAAGUUGGGCAAGUUGGAUUUCACAAGGAGAGGGAUGUGAAAAAGAUGAAAGUUGCCAAGAGGAUAAAUGAAAUUGUAAACAGGCUGAAUAAGACUAAAAGAGAAGAACAUCCUGAUUUCCAAGCUGAACGAGAAAAACGUGAUCGUAUGGAGCGUGAGGAUAAGAAGAAAAUCCUUAAAGCGAAAAUGGAGAAAGAAAAGGAAGAGAUUAAGAAGAAACAAGAGGAGGCUGAGCUGAGGAGUUACAGCACCUUGAUGAAUUCGAAAAAUAUGGAAAAAUAUGAUGAUGGUAAUGAUUCGGAUGAUUUUAUGUGAAUAUUAAUGCAUUUAAAUGAUAAUAAAGUAUAAGUAUGUUUUUGAAAUAACAA